AAUCUGAUAAUCAUUCAGAAAAAAAUGAAUCUGAUUCAUCUAUAGAAUCUGAUAAUCAAUCAGAAAAAAACAAUAAUUCUGAUUAUGAACAAGAUUUAAGUGCAAUUGAUACUAAUGAUUCUAAAACAACUAAAGAGUUUAAACAAAAAAAUAUUAGAAAAG